GUUACACAGAGAUGUUGGGCUUAGUAUUACAGAAGGUCAAGAUGGCAGGGUAUUCGAAUGGAAAGGGUUCCUUGGAUCCAAUACACAAAGCAAAACUAAAGCAAGAGCCAUUUAACUCUGAUUUCCACUGGAGAACCCAUAUCCAAGGAUUUUUAGGGUGUUGCUCUAUUUGAGUGAAGGGAGACUGCCUGAAAACAGAUCAGUAGAUCGAGGUAGCAGCAUCUCGAUUUAGGAGCUUUUGGCACGGGACUCGCAUGCUCGUUAUAUGUACAAGCUAGAGCCUCGUGUUUUCGAUAAGGAGGCAGAUCGAUAUCUUACCAAAACCAUGACUCAGCUUUUGUUUUUGAAAAGCUUUGGAGAAGAAAUUUGCCUCAUAUAAUUUUUGUGUAAAUUAGCUUUAUGUAUAAAACUUUUAAAUUAAUUAUAAAUGAACUUAACUUGGCUUAUUUUACAACUUUGAAUACUUUGACACUUUUUCAAUAUAUAUAUAUAUCGACUUGUUAAAGUGGUUUUCCUUUACAGGUAUUUAUGAUCUUCUUUUUCAAAAGUGUUUUUAUUUCUGCUGCAAACUUUAAUUAUAAAUUUUGUUUCCGAACUCUUCUAGGACUAAGGGUGCCUAGGGAGGUGUGUUACAGUUUCAACUUUCAACCGUAUGUAUCAUCCGUGUGGUUUUUGGUUCUUACAACUGCUUUAUGACAGGGAUUAUGACUUCAUCUACCCCUACAUUUAGUGUCAAAACUCUCAGACAGUUUCAUGGGACAAGCUUGGUUAAUUCAGUUGCUUUUGCAUCGAGAAGAAGUUUGAUCUCUAUUGUUUUGGUCUUCCCAAGAGGAGAAUUGGGCAUGCGUUGUAUGGUUUCUGGAUGGGUGAAUUUAGGGAUAUUUGGAAACAAAGGAUAGCUAUAUUCUGGUGGAAAGAUUGGAAUUUUGCAGUGUUUGUGGAACAACUAUUAUUACAGUGAUCUUAAUUGGUACACAUUGUUCAGCUUUUGUAUGUAGUUGAUUUGCUUUGCUGUCUGUGUUUUUGGAAUGAAGUCUGAUUCUAAAUAUUUUUAUUUCAAAUCAAAGAGACUCCAACGGGGAUGUAGAUAGGCUUUCUCUUCGUAUCUCCUUUAAUCAAACCUCUUAAUUCAUAUGUAUUAUUUUCAAGUGGUUAGGAACUAUUUAAUUUAGUUUAUUAUUAUGCUUUAUAUAUUCAGAAAAUGAGACAUCAUUAAGGAUAUAUUGGCCAGGAACAAGAUAACAUAUUCUUUAGCUUCUAUUUAUUUCUUCUUUUAUCUUUAUUUUGGAUUUGACCAUUUUAUCUUUCUUAAUCAUCUUCUUUGUGUAUAUGUGUUCAUGGCUACUUUCUUAAUUCAAAGAGCUGAAGUUUUGGAUUUUGAAGAUUUUGGGUCUGUCUGGGAUUUUGUUUUAUGUGGGAGCUUGAACUUGAUUGAUUCAAGCUCUUUUGUAUCUGAUCUUGGUGCGAAUUGUUCUAGUAAGACUUGCAAUUCUAUGUUUUUUGGUCUCUUUAUCUCUGAUCACUUUUUUGGGAGUUUUAGGGUUUAUUUUGGUAGUACAUACUAACAGUUUGAUUAAAUGUCAGUAUGAGAU